AUGGGUGUUCAAGAUCAUGACGUUGGAUGCUUUGGGUUUUCGGGUAGCUCCAGCCACUUGAUGCACCAAGGACUGCUCCAGUAUCAAGCCAAAGACGGCAAUUGGAAAGAGCGAUGGUUUAUCCUGGAUGCAGUCAAGUCGGCACUGGUCAAGUGUAACUCAACUAACCAUCUGCCAGCGGAAUCGUACGGUAGUGUACUCGGUGGAGACGUACUGAUCGCAGAGGCAAAGCCACUUUCGGAGACGAACAGCGACAGUGGAGGUGAGAGCACUCCUUUCGGCUUUGAAGUUGCCACUCCAGCUGGUGCGAAGAUUAUCUUCCGUACCAAGUCGCUGAAAGAGCAGAACUCGUGGCUGACAGUUUUAAACAAAAUCGCAAGUGGGUUCGCAUUGGGUGUAGCUGACCGACUGGCAGACCGUGAGUUGCUCGCUGGAAAAUACUCGUUGGUUCGUGAGCUAGGUCGAGGAGCCUCGGGUAUCGUAUCCCUCUACACGUGGCAAGGCAAGCCGUUCGCCAUCAAGAAAUUCGUUCCUCAGAAGAGCAAAGGGGUUCCAAAUCGUCGAGCUGCACCCGUAGCUACGGGAACACGUCCAUCCACUCAGGCAAGUCAGCCAAAUGCGAUUCCUGACGAUGUUCGUCGAGAAGUAGCGCUGUUAAAGAAGGCCAGCAAUCUCCCGUUUAUUAUUCGCCUGCAUGAUGUUAUCCUGGACAUGGAGAAUAAGGAAUACUAUCUGGUGAUGGAGUAUAUGGGCGGUGGUGCUAUUGCCGAGUGGGACGGCUCUCGUAAAUGUUACGUCAGCUCAAGAGCCAAAAGCGCUGCUAGCGGGACUGCGUGUCUGCUGGGUGAAGGCACAGUACGCACGUACGUGACGAACCUUGUGCUAGCAAUUCAAGGUCUCCACUUGAACAACCUCGCCCAUCGUGAUAUCAAACCUGAGAAUCUGAUGGCGAACGAGGAGCACACACUCUGCAAACUUGGAGAUCUAGGUGUUGCUCAUUACUUUAAAGAGGAGAACGGUGAACUCCAUGAAGAAGAUGUCGAUGCAAUCGAGCUGUGGGAUAUCAAUCAAGGCUCAACGAGUACAGCUGGAAGUAAGAAGCACCUUCGAGGUAUGAUCAAGUCGACAAAAGGCACGUACCAGUUCUUGCCUCCCGAAUCGCUUAAUGGAGAUGCCUACUGCGCGUUCAAAGCAGAUAUUUGGGCCAUUGGUGUGACGAUGUAUGCACUACUGUUCGGAUCACUCCCGUACUACUCAAGCGAUGUGAGUGAACUGUUCGACAAGAUUGAGAACGAUCCUCUGGAGUUCCCCACUUCCUGUGAAGACAACGAUGCAAAGGACUUACUAAAAUGGAUUCUGACGAAAGAUCCUGAGAAGCGCAUCACUCUGGAAGGCAUCUUGCAACACCGCUGGACACACCGCAAUAUCGAUUCCAAGAGUCUACGCAAACAGGUGAACGCUCUGAAGCAAGCCCCCAUACUCUCAAUUGAAGAUCACGAGUUGGGAGGCGCCGUGUCUGUACACCAGACUCGAUUCCUGAAGAUGGCAGCAGCAAUUCGUCAUGAUACUUUGAACGAUCUGGUUACAGACGCGGAUACGUCUCCUCAAGACGGGGACUACAAGCCCAAUCCGAUCGAUACGAAGGACACGGAGCUCCCUCAAUGGUUUCAACCACAUCGGGAGCUUGUUGCAGCGCAGAUGCACUACGAUUGGUGUCGUGGUAAGUCGUUGGCUGGCUGGAAGCACGGCGACGUCCGAGAUGACGCACACUUGGUACAUCCGUUGAUGCUGCCGAUGCGAGCACUAGACGACACUGCACGAGCUCGGAACUUUGCCUCCGUCGACGAGGUCAUUAAGUGCGUGGUUGCGCUUGGCGUUCAGGUUAGUUACCACCGCCCAUCGGCCGAGUAG